UAACAGCAUUUGUAAUCAGCUAGUUUAUCGACUUUUUCAGUUAAACGGUUGAGGACUUUUAUUUUGACUUUGUGUAUUCGAUGACAACACAAGUUAUAUUCCUGAUUGUUGUCAUUGCGUACAAAGGGCAAUAUGAGACAUUAGCAAGUAAGUAGAAAAACAAAGCUUGCAUUUUUUGUUUUUCAGCAAUACAUCUGAAAGCUUAUCAUUAUGUAGUCUAGAAACUGAAGGUGUUUUUAAUCUCCGUCCGCUUUGGAAAAACCUUGGCUGAGGUAACAAGUCAGCUGAAGUGUGUUUGACUGAGAUCAGAGGAAUCACUGGGAAAUGGCCAACCCACUCCGAGCAGAGACUGUAUUGGUGCCAGUUGACGAAAAGUUGCUGUUUCUUGGACGGGAGUAUCCGAAAGGAGCCGACUAUUUCAGAGACAGACUGAGGGCUGCAUUUGCCAAGAAUAAAGAUGUGAGCGACCCUGAGAAGAUCAAAGAGCUCAUCAGCCGAGGAGAAUUUGUGGUGAAAGAGCUCGAGGCGCUCUAUUACCUCCGGAAAUACAGAGCCUUGAAGAAGCGAUAUUAUGAAACACAAUGA